CACCGGAAGCGAAAACAGUUCCUGACCCUCGCCAGCCUGACGGCCUACGCAGACGUGACAGGCAUGGCCGUGUUCGAAGAGUGCUCUGUGCUUUUGGUGCUGAAAGACUUACCGUGCAAAGAGAAGAGGAGUGUGAGCUCGCUGGUGACUGAAAACGGUGGACAAAUAUGCUUUACGGUCAACAAUCAGUGCUCCUUCGUCGUCGUCAGCGACGUGUCCCACCUGAACGCCAGCAGGCUGCGAAGCAUCCAGAAGUUCCACACACCAGUGGUGGGAGUGGAUUACCUGCACAAGUGUGUGAAGGAAGGCGUCCUCCUGCGUUACCAUGACUACCAGAUGGAUACCUCCUCGCUUUCUUUUCACUCGCCUACUCUCAAUUUGCCAGUUCAGUCUUUCAACAAUCAAGCACUUGCAGCCGGCGGAGCUGUUGCCAAGCCCCCGCCGGAUGAAAACUCACCCCCGGAGAAAAUCGAGGACAUCCUGGGCAAGUUCAGGGUUUACACAGACCGCGACAAAGACCUCCCGGCGUAUCCGGAAGACUUCAGCGUGGCCAAGUAUUCCAUCUUUCAAAAGAAUGACAGCAGCACCUGGUGUGUGCUGGAGCUGCAGAGCGCCAAACGGGACAAAGGGCCGCGGUUCCGCGUGGUGCGCUACUGGAAGGACAACAAGACGGUGCAAAAGGACAUGCUGCUGUUCCUGCCCACCUCCGAAGAGGCCGUGGAGGUCUACCGGACGCUGACAGAAUCUCUGUCCACUUGCAGUAUGCAGCCCAGGACCGCCAUCCCCGCGCAGGCCCAGGACCUCGGCUCUGGCCCCCUGCGACAGCUGCUGCUGGAGGAAAAGCUGAGCGCGGGAGUCUUGUCACACGAUGUGGGCGUCUUUGUGGAGCUGCUAUGGACCGAGGCCCUGGGUUGCCUUGACAACAUCCUCCGAGUUCCCGUCAAGCAACUCAGCCUGAAUGACGUGAGCCGUGCGGAGGGCUUGUGGAUCGAAGCCCAUAGGAAGCUGAAGAAUGGGUGGAGCGCCGAGGUGGGCACUCUCUGGAAUGAGUUUUUCUCGCUGCUGCCUCACAGGACGCCCAUUAAGAAUCACAGUGCCAAGCUUUUCUCCCAGAAACUGGACCUGUGUCAGUUAAUCCGAGACAUCCUGAACGUGAGCGAGAUGACCCUGAGAAGCCCCGCCCCUUCCAGUGUGGGCAAGUUUCGCGCCCUGAGGUGCAGCAUCGAAACGGUGCAACCCGGCAGCGACGAGUAUCGCGCCUUGACCUCCCUGCUCCAGGACAGCCCCGUGCAGAUCCAUCAGGUGCUGCGUGUCAGCAGAGCAGUGGAGUUUCAGACUUUUAAAGGCCAGCUCGGCAACGUCAAGUCCCUUCUCCACUCCUCCAGCGCCAGCAACUUUGUCGGAAUUCUGUCUCGGGGUCUGCUGUUGCCUAGUGUCGGCGUGGAGCUCCACGGCGUUGACAGAACGGACGCCGGCAGCCUCGGAAGUGGCAUCUACUUCAGCGAUAGCAUGAGUACGUGCCUCAAGUAUUCCAAGCCCGGCGCCACAGACGGCUCUCGGCUGUUGGUGGUGUGCGACGUGGCCCUGGGGGAUUGCCUGCAGCUCCACCACAGAGACCCUACACUGACUCAGGCCCCUGAGGGGCACGACAGUGUGCGCGCCACCUGCUGCACCUCCUCCGUUUACUCCGAGUUUGAGGAUGACGAGUACGUGGUGUACAAGCCAGAGCAGGUCAAGCUGAAGUAUGUGGUGCGCUUCAGCGUGGUUGGGGAGCAAGUGAAGUCCUUCAGUCCUGCCGUCGACAUCUCAACCGAGACUCCCCUGCCUCCGGCCGUCCCAGAGGUCCUUGGUUCUAAUGUCGACAUAGGAAACAUUAGGAACCCUCUGGAAGUCGUGACUGCGGGACUGCUGGACAGCUCGGGACGGCAGCUCCCCCUGCAGGCCAUCCAUGUGAAGUGCAAACUGGUGGAUCUGCUCUCUCAGGUGGUCAUCUUCCAGAAGUACACCAAUCACGGCAGCGCAGCCAUUGAGGCAAAGUAUGUCUUCCCAUUGGACGACUGUGCAGCUGUGUGCGCUUUUGAAGCCUUCAUCAACGGCAAGCAUGUGGUGGGACAGGUAAAGGAGAAGGAGAAGGCUCGCAGGGAGUACAAGCAGGCCAUCGAGGAGGGUCACGGAGCCUACCUGAUGGACCAGGACGCACCUAACAUCUUCACCAUCAGCGUGGGGAACCUGCCGGCGGGCGCCACUGUGCUCAUCAAGGUCACCUUUCUGUCCGAGCUCAUCGUCAAAAACGGCGCGUUGCUCUUCUCCCUGCCCGGGAGUGUGGCCCCGUGGCAGGAGAGCGCUGCGCUCAAUCAGACCACGCAGGUGACCCUGGACAAAGUGCGUGUGACUGCUGAAUCAGCAAGUGGAAGAGAGUUCAGCCUGGACAUGUCCAUGGAGAUGCCCAACAAGAUCACCAGCCUGUCUUGCAUCACGCACAAAGUCAAGACCAAGAGGACCGAUUGCAAGGGGGUGGUGAGCGUGCUGCCAGGGCAAGUCCUGGGUCCGGACGGCUUCCAGCUGUCGGUCAUUCUGUCCGAGGUUCACCUGCCCAGGAUGUGGGUGGAGAGGCACCCUGACUUUGACAGCCAGGCAUGCAUGCUAGUUUUCUACCCAAAGUUCGACGUCAAAGCCAGCUGCGGAUCCGACGAAGUUGUCAUUUUGCUGGACGUGUCCGAGUCCAUGCUCGGGGAACCCAUUCGCUGGUCCCGGGGAGUCGCCCUGCACGUCAUUAAAACCCUCCAGCCUCACUUCAAAAUCAACAUCGUCUUGUUUAGCACAGAUCACACCCAAGCUUUCCUGACAGCGCAGCCACUCGACGAAGCUCGACAGGCAGCAGAGAAGUUCAUCCACACCUUCUCGCCAGCGGGGGGCAGCACUGAGCUUUGGCGGCCCCUGCAAGCGCUCAGCCUGCUGCCUCCGUCGCGAGGCACCCGCAACCUGCUGCUGCUGUCCGACGGCCAUGUCCAGAACGUAGGGGCCACCUUGCAGCUGCUCCGGGACGAGGUCGCGCACAGCCGACUCUUUGCGUGCGGCUUCAGCCCGACAGCCAAUCAGCAUAUGCUGAGAGCCCUGGCUCAGGCGGGGGGCGGAGCCUAUGAGUAUUUUGACAGCAAAAGCAAGCACAAGUGGGCAGCGCAGGUGGCGUGUCAAUUGAGGCGCAUGGCGUCCCCCGGCUGCAGCUCCGUGUCGGUGAAGUGGCAUCAGUACAGCACCACGGCGGUGCCCCCUGUGCAAGCUCCAAUGCAGCUCAACGCACUCUUCAACGACUGCCACACGCUGGUCUAUGGCUUCGUUGCGCAUUGCACACAGGCCACCCUGUUGGGCGACCUGAGUGGCCAGGAGCUGAGAACCAUGGUGUCCACCAGCGAACUGCAGAAGACCAGGGGCACGUUUCUUCACAAACUGACAGCUCGGGCUCUCAUCAGAGACUACGAGGACGGAAGUCUGGACUUCAACCAGGCCGAACACGAGGGCAAGAAAAGCCAGUGGAAACCCUUCAUCAUUGCCUUGAGCAAGGAGUUCUGCAUCCUGUCUCCGUUCACCAGCUUUGUGGCCAUUGAAGAAAGGGAGCCGGAUCAAGAAAAUAAGGCCGUCACAGAUGUCUCCAAGUUGUUGGCUGAAGAAGACGUGGACAUCCUUCCUUACAUCAGCUGGAUGUCUCGUCAGAGCAGCGAAAAUGAGGAAAUAGGGGAUAGCGAUAGUUCAGAGUCUGGAUCAGAGAUGGGCUUUGGCCUGUUUUCACCCGUUGAGCUCAAGAGAUCAGAGUCUGGAUCAGACAUGGGCUUUGGCCUGUUUUCACCCGUUGAGCUCAAGGCUCCUCUCCUUGCUGAUAUGGAUAGAUUUUGCGGCUCUUACAGGGGAUAUAUCCAGCAGGAACAGUCAGAGGCUGUUUCUCCUUUUCUUUUUCAUAGAUCUGAAGGAGCAAAUGUUAACCGACCACAAAUCAGCAUGUCCACAAAUCAGCAUGUCCUCUGCUCCUCAACCGAUCUGUCCAUCCUUCCAACGGGAGCCAUUGAAGAAAAUGUACACCAACUUCCAAUUGGCAUGCCACCUCCACCUCCGCCCAUCCAUGCACCUUCUGAUGCACCUUCUCUUAAAAUCUGGCGUCAGUAUCUUUCAAGGUCUGGCUCACCAGCCAGACCAGUCCCACCCCGCAACAUAGCAUCGACUCCUGAGACCGGUACACUUUUUAGGCGUUCAUGUUACAUGAUCCAAAGUCCUGGUGUCGUUGCACAGUCGUCCACACCACUAGUCCCGUGUGGUAAAUACGAAGGAUUUCCUCAACAGUCCAGGCAGCCUAAAAAUCGACUAAAGGCCAUGUCUACAAACCAAUUGGAGAAUUCAUCACCGGCUCCUCUCCUUGCUGAUAUGGAUGGAUUUUGGCGCUCUUACGCUAUCCAGCAGGAACAGUCAGGGGCUGUUUCUCCUUUUCCUUUUCGUGGACCUGGAAGAGGAAAUGUUAACCAACCACAAAUCAGCAUGUCCUCUGCUCCUCCACCCAUCUGUCCAUCCUUCCAGGCAUCCCUUUCGACUGGAGCCAACAAUGCAAAUGUUGACCAACCUCCAAUUGGCAUGCCACCUCCACCUACGCCCAUCCAUCCAUCUUCUGAUGCUCCUCCACCUCCACCUCGUCCUCCUUUUAGAACCAGGCGUCAGUAUGCUGAUGCUUCUUCUUCUCCUCUUUCGGUGGGCAACAUACAGCAAAAGCAAGGGAGAAAAGUGGAUAAGAUGUUUAAGCCAUUUACGGGUUUUGGCUCUCUGCAAUCUUUGGCCCCACCAAAAUUUGCCGUUAGUAGAGGCGUUCAACCCAGUAGCAGAAUGUUUAAAGCGCUCUCACAAGAGCAUCUUCCCACAGAAGAUAAAGAUUUUGUAUCAGAGGAGUGUUCUUUACCAGCCAAAUCAGCUCCAUCCAGCGAAGUAGCAUCGCCUCCUACUAUCGACACACUUUUUGGGGGUUUGAUUGACGUAAUGCAAGAUUCUGUUGUGGUUGAAGAGUCACCCACACCACUAUUCCUGUGUGGUUCACAAGCAGAAUCUCUCCCAGAGCUCGGCCAGCAAAAAAAUCGAGGCAUUAUUUCAAUUCAAUUGGCUAAGUCGUCACCAGUUGAUUUUUCUUCCAUGGGCCAGGAGGCACUCGACAUCGUUUUGGAGGAAACACCUCGUCAGUUUAGCAGGCCCGAAGUGUCAGCAGACGGUCAACCAGUCCUGUUGAAAUGGCCGAGGCUCUUCCAGAUGCAACAUGCGGACGGUUACUGGGACGUGACGGCAAAGUUGGGCGAGUGCGUGGGCGUCGACCUGGACGUCCUUACCAACGACUUCCUGAAAAGCAAAGGCAUCCGCUCGCUCGGUGUGAGGGCCCACGCUGACAUCCUCAAGCUGCUGGCGACUCUUCUCGUGCUGCAGCUGAUGAGGUUGGAGAAGCUGCCAGAAGGCCUGCUGCUGCGCACGCUGUUUACGUUGGAGGAACCCCCCAGCAGGAGCGUGUGGCCCCGCUGGCAGCUCGUCAAGAAGGCGGUGGACUGGGUCCGCUGGGCCGACCGCCAGUACCCGUGCAUCUGCAGCCGGCUGGAGAUGGCUUUGACCUGGGAGUCCGCCACGCGUCAGCUGCUGGGCUACGAGGUCCUCCCCGCUUUCUCGCCGCUCGUCGGCCUGCCGCUGAGAAGGAACCUUCCCGCCCCGUGUCCCCCUUUGGUCGUCCACUGAGGUCGUACGGCGGGUCACAACAUUAGGUACGCAGUUGCACAACACUACAGAGGCAGAUGGAGUACUCCAUUUUAUUAGAACAGUGGUUCUCAACCUUUUUUUAGUGAUGUACCCCCUGUGAACAUCUUUUUAAUUCAAGUACCCUCUAAUCAGAGCAAAGCAUUUUUGGUUGCAAAAAAUAGAUAAAUAAGUAAAAUACAGCACUAUGUCAUCAAUUGUAUAACAGUGCAAAAUAUUGCUUAUUUGUAGUGGUCUUUCUUGAACUAUUUCGAAAAAAGAUAUAAAAAUAACUAAAAACUUGGUAAAAAACAAACAAACAAGUGAUUCAAUUAUAAAUAAAUAUUUCUACACAUAGAAGUAAUCAUAAACUUAAAGUGCCCUCUUUGGGGAUUGAAAUAGAGAUCCAUCUGGAUUCAUGAACUUAAUUCUAAACAUUUCUUCACAAAAAAAGGAAAUGUUUAACAUCAAUAUUUAUGGCACAUGUCCACAAAAAAUCUAGCUGUCAACACUGAAUAUUGCAUUGUUGCAUGUAUUUUCACAGUUUAUGAACUUACAUUCAUAUUUUGUUGAAGUAUUAUUCAAUAAAUCUAUUUAUAAAGGAUUUUUGAAUUGUUGCUAUUUUUAGAAUAUUUUUUAAAAAUCUCACGUACCCCUUGGCAUACCUUCAAGUACCCCCAGGGGUACGCGUACCCCCAUUUGAGAACCACUGUAUUAGAAGAUGUGCGGGUGUACCUAAUGUUGUGGCCGCUGGUUGUAGAAUCAUGUGUGAGAAAGGUUAACCCUCUUGAGUUACUUUUAUGUGUCCUUAAUAUAGGCAACAGUUAAUUUUCUGGUGUUUUCAUCUCGAUAUUCAAAGUAAGGCUGGGCGAUAUGGCUGAUAACUGUAUCACGAUAUCAGGGUUUUAUAUCGGACAACAUAAUUAUUGAUAUCAUUUAUGAGCUAUGGAAACUAAGGACCAGUAGAAAUAUGUAUUUAAUUUGAAAUGUAACCUUCCUCUGAUUAUAAUGCCCUUAGCUAUCAAGGCAGAAAUUAAAUGUCAACACAAGCAUGGAAAACAGACAAUGUAAACAUAAUUGUAAAACCGCAUUGAGCACCUAACAAUAAGCGCAUAAGAUUAAGGAAUAUGUAAGAAAUGCUUCAUAAAGUGUAAUAAAAUAAUGCAAAGUGUGAAAUUGUAAACAAAGAAACGUGAGAAGAACAAUUUUCUGCAGGUUUAGUGCUAAGAAAUAAUGCCUGUGUAACAUUACUUUUUAUGUUAUUUUUAUUUAACUACGGAAAGGAAUUUUUGUUAUGCUGUAAUUAUUUAAAUAUUGUUUUUAUAUGUGUCAAUAUCGAUCAUUAUAGAUAUUUUUACGACAUAUAGAAAAUAAGGAGUAGGAGAAAUAUGUCUUUAAUUUUAAAUGAAACCUUCCUUUGAUUAUAAUGCCCUUAGCUAUCAAGGAAGAAAGGAAAUGUCAACACAAGCAUGGAAAACAGUCAAACAAUGUAAAAAAAAUAUUAAAAUCACAUUGAUCACUUAACAAUAAGUGCUUAAAAUUAAGGAAUAUGUAUGAAAUGCCUUAUAAAGUGCAAGUAAAUAGUGCAAAGUGUGAAAAUGUAAACAGAGAAAGCUGAGAAGAACUAUUUUCUGCAGGUUUAGUGCUAAGAAUUAACGUCUGUGUAACAUUUAGUCCUGUUAAUCUUAUUUAACUCCGGAAAGGAAUUUUUGUUAUGCUGUAAUUAUUUAAAUAUUGUUAUAUUGGUGGAUGUCGAUCAUUAUUAAUAUAUUUAUGACCUAUGGAAAAUAAGGAGCCGGAGAAAUAUGUAUUUAAUUUGAAAUGUAACCUUGCUCUUAAUGCCCUCAGCUAUCAAGGCAGAAAAGAAAUGCCAACACAAGCAUGGAAAACACUAAAUGUCAACAAAAUAUUCAAAUCACAUUCAACACUUUAACAGCAAGCUUUUAAAAUGAAAGAAUAUAUAAGAAAUACUUCACAAAGUGUAAGAAAAUAGUGCAAAGUGUGAAAACGUAAACAUAGAGAAACCUAAUAAGAACUAUUUUCUGCAGGCUAAGUGCCAAAAAGUUACAUCUGUGCUCUAAAGGGUGAGCAGGGCUCAGGUGAUCUGACUACAGUCCCUUUUAAAAAAAAAAAAAAAAAAAAGUGCCAUACUGUCCAGGUGACUUUUCCUCUUUUAUCCACAAUUUCUUCAUUUUGACUUUCUCUUCUCACUCCAUGUAAAUAAUCAACCACCGGACAACCAAACUUGGUAGUCUGUUAUGAUUUGAUCAAGGAGGUGACCCCAGGAUGCAGAGACGAGAGGCGAAGUUGAAUUACAAAAAAUUAAACAAUUUAAUGAGUCCAAAAAAGUCUAACAAAAGGCGAUGGGGCAGAAAUGCACACCAUGAAUAAACUAACAAAAUCAGGUCCCUCAGUGGUCGGCAGGGGAGAAGGCCAGGACGCACUGAGCUCAAGCAAAGGGUCCAACACAAAAUCCUCUUUUUAUCUCAGGGAGGCUAGGGAGCAAACACAAAGAGGUGAGGAAUUACAAGAAUAAGGAGAGACAACAUUCCAUACAAGACGAAGCGAAUCAGGCAUUUGCACGUGGGAGGUGCAGGAGACAAUAACCGGCAGGGACCAGCUGUCGGUGACGAGCUUAAAUACUACUGGGUAGAGAUUUGUUGCAGGUGUGCCUCGCUGGGGACUAAUUGACUGAAGAAAAAACAGACACCAAAAAAGAGAAGGCAGGGAAAUGACAAAAACAUAGUCGAUACUGUUACCUGAUUGGCUGUUAGCGUGUCACUCCCAAAGAUCAGUGAUCACUUCCUACGUUGCUUGAACCAACCUUGCUUCGCAACCUCCGCUUUCUUCUGACGAAAAACAGACAAAAAAAUGGAAGGCAUUUUUUAUCGUCAUCGAUUGUGUCCAUCGCGAUAUAUUGAUAUCAUUUUAUCACCCAGCCCUAAUACAAUGAUAUGUUUGAAUUUUCACGUGUGACCUUGCACAUGUGUAAAACUGUUUUAACACGGAAAGAGGUUUCACUUUCUUCUUGACAUGAUUAUCUACGCAUGUUUAACAUUACUCUUGAUCCAUCUUAAACAGUUGUUUUUUUUUAAGCUUUUAUUUUGACACAAUUCUUUUCAUGUGACUCUAAUGCCUGUCUUACAAAGGAGGACAGCCAGUGUGGCCGUGCAAGCUUAUGUCGCUCAAUCUCACUCUCUGAGGCCUUCGGCGCUGACAGGCUUUUAAUUUGACAGCAUGUCACCACAUGACAGGAAGUGUAACAUGUCAGUGUGACCUUUGUUCCCCCGCCUCCGGCCUGUCGUUUCAACUCCAAGGUUCCAUGUAGUUCCGAUGUUUUCAUGGCAGACAGUUUAAAUGAUAAGUUUUGCUUUCAUUUUAUUGAUGUGCAUGGAUUUAUAUUCUUAUUGUUUACUGUCAUUUUGAAAAUGGGUCAUGUUUUAGAAAUUCAUCAAUGAGGAAAUAUUCAUGUGGGUUUGCGCUAUCAAGCAGGGUUUAACCCUGAUUAAAGCACAUUUACGUGAUAUUCUGCGUCUGUUGCGUUGCACCAGAUGGUCACACCUGAGGAA